CCACAAGUUACGAUUUGCUUCCUAUAGCAGCACCGGAAUUCUCUCUUCAGAACCAUUCUUUUGCCUCAUCUCAUCUGAAAAGAUAGACCGCCGAAGUAAUUACCAUGUCUGAACUCAAUGUUCAUAAUUUCUACCGCAUCUGGUUCACUUGGGUCGACCCAAUGACCCUCAUCCCAACCGUCUACGGUCUCAUCUUCACCCCCGACUUCAUGCUCGACGGCCUCAUCCCAUUGAGCAUGUCUCCCUACAAUCCAGACCAGGCCUUUCUAUUCCACCAACUCGCUGCUCUCUAUGCUUUCGUCGGCAUUAUACUCGCAGUGCUUCUCCGAACCAGCUCCGAUAUCAAAGUAUGGAGAGUUGUCAUUGGCGGGGUGCUUCUCAUCGACAUUUCGAUCUUGAUCAGUGUCUUUGUCAGCAUGAAACAGCAGGGCCGGUCUGAGUUGUCUAUGUUCAGAUGGCAGGAUUGGGGGAACUACGUGUUCACUGGCUGGGUUGCUGUUGUGAGGACUUUGUUCUUGGCUGGGGUUGGAGUUGGUGGUGUGAACAAGGGAAAGAUGGCUUGAAUAUUUCAAAUCAGAUGUUCUCUUAUUUUAUUGCCAGUUUGAGUCAUUUCGUCUGAGCUCUUGAUGUUUUGGUCGGAUUUUGUUGUUGUUUGGAUGGUCAGGAAUGUUCUGUAUACAAACAGCAGCACAUACAACCAGAGACUCAAUCUUUUUAUACUCGGAUUAUGUUCACAGAGUGAAUGGAAACUUAUUCAACCUUUAUUUUAUGAUUUGGCCCACAAACUGCGUCGCACAUCAUGUUCCCUAAGAGCAUCUCUCAUAUCCAGCUGCUCUGUUCUUGUCAUAUAUUGAAUACAGUACUGGUUUGUUCGACCA